UUUUUCUUGUGUUUUUUCGUUGGAGUCUGUUUCUCAAAUGAUGUUGCAUCAACAGUCAUCGAAAUCAACGUCGACGCACCAGUUAUAACAUCAGAAAAAGCAAUAAAGAAUUUGAUGCAGACUACAACGGACUUGUUUCAAAUGUGUGAUAAAUUUGGAAUCUGUUACGAUGUCAAUUUCUUAAAUACACUCAACAAGACUAAGGACAACUAUAGCACAGAAAUCAACGCAACAGUAAAAGAGAUCGAGGAAUUUUCUUAUACUACCGACAAUUGCUUAGAUCCGAUAAAGGUUUGUGUUGACAAUCAAUGUAAAUGCUUACACGGAAUGAUCCAAUGGAACAAUAAAUGCUACUCAUCUAGAGGAGGGUUUUGUUUGGAUUCAUCUCACUGCCUGUCUACCCAUUUAGAAUAUACAUUUUGCUGGGGAAAUGAAAGGACGGAAAGAUCACCGAACAUUCUCUGCCAUGCAGUUCUUGGCUAUUUUUCAGUUGCAGGAGUGCUAGUUAACCACAGUGACAGUACAUCACAUUGCCGAUACGCUUGGAAUCAACCUCAGGAUUCGAACCGUUUCGAAUUUUUUAAGCCUAAUGAAAAAAUAGUUUGGAAAAACAGUAAUAUCAAGCUUGAUAAUGCCAUCUACGGUGGUCCGGAUUAUAGAAGCUGGUAUCACCUAUACCUUAUAUGCCAAACUGAGCACAACCGUAUCAAGUACCUUGGACAAUUACUUAAACCGAAUUACAACGUGUGCAGGUUUAUUUUGAAUGGGACUUUUCAUGAAUCUAAGAUAUUUGAUGUCUUAGUCUACGACGAUUAA